AUGGAGAAGCUGAUCUCGGAGAACCAAUCGGCCUUUGUCCCGAACAGAGCUAUCGGUGACAAUGUGCUUAUCACUCAUGAGGUACUUCAUUUCUUAAAGACCUCUCAGGCGGAACAGAGAUGUGCUAUGGCGGUGAAGACAGACAUGAGCAAAGCCUAUGACCGCCUUGAAUGGGACUUUAUUGCCGCAGUGCUGGCUCGGUUGGGAUUCCACCGAGACCUUAUUGGCAUGAUCAUACAGUGUAUUUCAUCUGUUACAUACUCCUUCCUCAUUAACGGCUUGCCUAGAGGGAAGGUAGUACUGAGCCGAGGGAUUCGUCAAGGCGACCCCCUCUCUCCCUACAUAUUCAUAAUGUGUAGUGAAGUCCUCUCGGGAUUAUGUAAUCGAGCUCAAGAAGAAGGGCUGAUACAAGGGAUCAAAGUUGCGAGAGGAUGCCCUAGUAUUAGCCACUUACUUUUUGCAGACGAUACAAUGUUCUUUCUCAGUGCCAAUGAAGCGAAUUGCGAUGCACUCAAGUCCAUACUCGACAGCUAUGAAUCUGCCUCGGGGCAGUCCAUUAAUAGAGAUAAGUCCGCAAUCACUUUCUCAAAGAGAGCUCCAGCCACGCUCAAGAGUUCUAUCAUGGACAAGCUUCAAAUACAAAAAGAAGGAGGAGUGGGGAAGUACCUCGGACUACCGGAGCACUUUGGACGUCGUAAACGGGAUUUAUUCUCUUCCAUAGUGGAUCGUAUCAAGCAAAAAGCCAGGAGCUGGUCUACAAAAUUCCUAUCCUCAGCCCGCAAGCUAGUCAUGUUGCAAAGUGUACUGUCGGCAAUGCCUUCCUACUCUAUGACCUGUUUUAUGCUCCCCAAGUCUCUGUGCAAACGCCUCCAAUCGGUGGUCACUCGUUACUGGUGGGAUAACAAAGAAGGAGAAAGGAAAAUGGCAUGGGUGGCUUGGGACAAGAUAGCCACACCGAAGGCUGUUGGGGGACUCGGGUUGCGAGACUUUGAAAAGUUUAAUGAAGCUUUACUUGCAAAAAUCGGCUGGAGGCUUCUUAAGCAGCCUGACUGUCUCCUUGGCAAGGUUCUGAAGGGGAAAUAUUUUCCAGACUCUACUAUACUGCUUGCAGGAGAAACGUCUACUCCCUCUCAUGGGUGGCGAAGUGCACUGAUCGGUAGAGACCUCCUUCUCAAAAAGAUCGGAUGGGCUGUGGGAAAUGGUCAAUCCAUUAAUGUCUGGAGAGAUCCAUGGUUGUCAUUGACAGAACAGGAAUGUCCGAUGGGACUUCCCUCUGAAAAAUAUGCUACGCUCUUGGUCUCGGACUUGCUGGAACCUGAUUCCGGAAACUGGGAUAGAGAGCUAAUUCAGAUAUUGUUCCCAGAGUAUGAAUCGAAAACUCUUUGCAUUAAGCCAAGUUUAACCGGGGCUCCGGACAAACUUAUUUGGCUGGGAACAAAGUAUGGUGAGUACUCAUCCAAAUCUGGGUACUACACUGCCAUUGAAGACCUGUUGCUUGAAGACCCAGCUGAGGCUAGCUUUAAUUGGAAGAAGAAUGUCUGGGCACUGGAUGUCGCUCCAAAGGUGAAAAAUUUCUCUUGGAAAAUCCUGAAAAGGGCCAUCCCUGUUGGCGCCCGACUUGUUGAACGACACAUUGACACCGAUCCUAGAUGCAAGAGAUGUGGGCAAAACGAAUCUAUCACUCAUAUGCUCUUCCAAUGUCAUUAUGCACGAAAGGUUUGGCUUUUAGCUCCUUUCACAACUGACAUGGACUACAGUGGAAUAAUAGAUUUGUUUACUGACUGGCCCGAUCUAAGCGCCCAAAAAUGCCUCCCACCUGCUGGCAUCGCUACUGGUUCACUCUUCCCAUGGAUCUUGUGGUCUUUGUGGAAGAGGACACUCUCUCUAUGGCAAUCAAACUUGCAAGGGAAUGGAGUAUACAUAGUAACCCAGAUAACUCAGGCAACAAGCGAGGAACGCCCCCCCCCCCCUUUGGUUGCACCGGCUGGUGCUGUAACAGUUCGGUCAGAUGCUGCGUGGAAUAUGCUGGAUGCUACUGCAGGUUUGGGUUGGUGCCUCCUCACUACCCCGACAGGUGAAGAUUUCCGGAGGCGACUGGAACAUGUCUCUUCUCCUCUAAUGGCGGAAGGGCUGGCUCUACGAGAGGCUGUUCUGUCAUGCCGUUCAUUGCAACAGAGAGUGCUGAGGUUUGAAUCUGAUUCUUCCCAGCUCAUCAAGACAAUCAACAAUCAGGAGGGGAUAGCUGAACUUCAUAGUGUUGUCUCAGAUAUCUUAUCCCUUGCAUCUGAAUUUGUUAGCGUUUCUUUUGUUUGGAUUUCGAAAGAGAAGAACUCACGAGCGGAUGCUCUGGCUAAAUCAGCCUUGAUUGUAGUUGAACCCCUGGUGGUUGAGGAUGCUUUAAUUGCUCCUAACUAA